AUGAAAUUACCUUCCAACCCGUCCAGAUUGAUGUCUUCAAAACCUUCCUCACCGCCUCGUCCAAAGAAACGUACAUCCUCUUUAGUGAUUGACGAUGAGCCCUCAAUUGGUAAAGACAGUCACCUCUUUAGAGAGGACCGCAAUUGGAAAUUCUGGCCAAGAGAGAGAGCCCAAUCUUGGUCAUUCUGGUCGAAUCCUCCGCAUGUUCAUUUGGAAGCUACAGGUGGAUCUUUGGAUAAUCCAAGAGGCAACACUACUAUUAAAAAGGAUUUAGAAAACCUUGUAAUUCCAAAGCUAAACAACCUCCCACUAGCUACAACUUCUGUUUAUCUGAAUCACAAUUACAAACGAAUACGGAGAGUUUUCGGGUACUCCGAGAAAGAACAACAUUUGAACAGACUCCCCGCUCCAACGCCCCUAAAGAAAGUAUUGAUAAUUGGAGUCCAUGGAUUUUUCCCCACUAAGAUGCUCCGACCAAUCAUUGGUGAACCUACUGGAACUUCGCUCAAAUUUGCAACUUUGGGGGAAAGUGCAGUAUUGGAAUGGGCAAGGGAGAGGGAAAUGGAUGUUGAAAUACGGAAGAUAGCCUUGGAGAAGGAGGGGAAAAUUUUCAAUCGAGUGGAUUUCUUCUUUGAUAUAUUGAGUCAAAAUAAGAGUGAAAUCGAUGAAUCGGAUUUUAUAUUUGUUUGUUCACAUUCUCAGGGGACCCCUGUUUCCAUCAUACUAAUUGCUAAAUUAUUGGAAUAUGGUAUUAUUGAUGGAUCCAAAAAAAUUGGAAUUCUAGGUAUGGCUGGUAUAAAUUUAGGACCUUUCUAUGGGAUGGAUAAAUCACUAUUUGUACGUGCAUAUUCAACAAUUGAAAACGAAUCAUUGUUGGAAUUGUUUCAAUUUCAGAAUUUCGAAAGCUUACAAUCUAGAAAAUAUGUGGAAUCCCUGAAAACUUUGAUUAAGAACAACGUCAAAUUGGUAUUUAUUGGCUCAAUUGAUGAUCAAUUGGUUCCACUUUACUCAUCAGUUGCAAUUCAUAUCCAUCACCCAAAUAUUUUCAGAUCAAUCUAUAUAGAUAACUCUACAAAUACCCCGGACUUUUUAGCAAGAAUCCUCAAAUUAUCGUGUAUGUUGCUCAAUUUAGGUUAUUCGGAUCAUGAUGUCAUAAAGGAAAUUUCCCCCUCUUUACCUGGCCCAAUCACCGGCGGUGGACAUUCCAAAAUUUACAAUGAAUUACAAGUCUAUAAACUCGCCUUGGAUUUCACCUUACAAACAAACUCCUCCUCAAUUGCAAUCGACCAACCAAUAAAGUUGAAGCCCUUUGAUAUUAAAAAGUUGGGUAAAUUGAGUAACCCCUUCAAUUUACCCUGGUGUGUCCGUGGUCUCUUUUUUGAGACAAAGAGGAAACUCCCGCAUGGAGAUGAGGAAAUCGAUAACGUCUUCAAGGAAUUUGAUUGCUGGCAUCCAAACUCAAAGGCAUUGAAGGAUGUCAAAUAUAGACUCAAUGGAAUCAAGGCAAAGCUAUAG